AUGUUCGACAUGAGAAAAAAAGUGAAACCAAUGCAACUGUUUGGAAUAGGCAGUAUGAUUUCACUUUGUCGGUGGAAGAACUCUCAAUAUGAUAGCUCAAAAUAUGAAUACGAGAGCAGUCAGGAGCAGACAACAGUCGCCAAAGCAGUUCAUUCCUACUUGUACCAAUUCUUCGGAUCCCAUGCCGUCUAUCAAGUGUUCUCUUGCAUACGGCCACCAAGUUUGGAAAAAAUUGACAGAACUCACAUAAGAGUUCCUGAAAACACGACAGCGGAAGAGUUGGAAGCAUGUUUCACCGCUUCUCCGAAUCAAGAAUUCAUUCAACUCAAUGGCUAUUUUAACGGAAAUUUAUGUCCAAACUCCGCAAUUCUUGGAGCUGAACACUUGACAGUCAUUUCCAAUAAAGGUCAUGGAGAUGAGAUUCUUCUUGGUUUUAGAGGAAAACGGCUUGAAUGUAGUGGCCCUUUCCAUGAUGCCACUAUUGUUCAAUUCCUAAACGAAUGGAAAUCAAACCGAGGAUUCCAUAACCUGGAGUCUCUUAUAAUAAACUCUUCUGAUUAUAAAAACUACGACCGUGGAGAUAUUAUAAAAAAUAUGGACGUCAAACAGCUUGAUCGACCAGAAGAUAUUCUUCAAAUCACUUGGGAAAUGAGCCAUUCAUGCUCCUAUUCGAUGUUUUCAACUGUUCCUCCAAAGUCGACGCCGUCUGGUUUUAGGUCUCGGGACUAUUUGAUUAGAGACGAGGUAACCAUGAAACUCUUGAAGUUUCCAUCCCUUGUCCUGCAGAACAUAUUUGGACUCAUCGAGCUUCAUAAUCUUCUAGUUCUAUCAUUCUGCUCCAAACGAACAAGAUACUUGAUUCAAUCUCUACAAAGAUAUCAAUGGAUGAACAUCAAAUUUGUGAGAUAUACUUUCGAAUGGGAAGACAAAAUCUGGGUUUGGGUUAGAUUAGGAAAUAAAUUCGAGGGCUUCUCUUUAUCACCAACUACACUGGAAGAGACAGUCAUUACUCCGAUGGAGGUGUUUGGAAUGGGACCAGAGGUUCCUAUCUGUUUCCAUUCGGAAGGAAACUAUAUCUACGACAAAGAUCAGAAGCACCUAGUUGUCCAUGGAAUUCAUGACUAUCUGUAUCAAUUUUUUGGAUCGUCAUCAAUCGAUUAUGAGAUCAAAACUGAAAAUGAACUUCCACCAAGUCUGAAAAACAUCCACAAAACUAGUAUCAAAGUACCAGAAAACACGACAGCCGAAGAGUUGGAAGCAUGUUUCGCCGCUUCUCCAAACCAGGAAUACAUUGAAAUUGAUGGAAAUUUUGAUGGAAAUCUCAGUGCGAACUCUGUGAUUUAUGGAGCUAAACACUUGAGAGUCUUUUUCGAAGGAGACCAUGGAGAUGAGAUUCUACUUCGCUUUAAAGGUAUCCGUCUUCAAUUUCAUUCAGCGAAUUUUCAUGAUUCUACCAUCUGUCAAUUUCUGAAAGAAUGGAAGUCAAACCAAGGAUUUCAAAACUUAAAGUCCCUUAUGAUAAACUCUUCUGAUUAUAAAAACUACGACGCUGCUGAACUUUUGGAGGAUAUAGAUGUCAGACAACUUGAUCAUCCAGAUUAUAUUCUUCAUAUCAAUUGGCGAAUGAGCAUCUCAUUUCCCUCUGCUAUGAUGGUCGGAUGUUUUCCUCUGAAGUCGUUUCCAUCAAGUUUUGAGUCUCGUGACUACUUGAUAAGAGACGAUGAUGGAGAAAAAGCUUCUGUAUUCAUAGAGGAUGAUGAUGUUCGUAUCGCUCUCUGGAAUGGGAAUUCGUGUGAAAUGGAAAACCUAAAUAGUUGA